UCCCAGCAGCCACCUCAAUCUAUUGUCGCCCCGGCGGCCGCCCUCGGAGCACGUGCCGCUACCCCUCUGCGUCAGUACUGGGUAAACAGAUAACUGGCCAACGACUCAGGCGGGGCUAUUUAAGAGGCAGCCUCCUGCCCGCCUACCUUGAACUUGGCUCAGCUCCCCCGCUGCUCUGGCUGGAACGCGAAGCCGGCUGCGUCCUAUUCCGAAGCCAUGAACCGCGGCCUGUGCCUGUGCUUGCUGAUGGCGGUCCUGGCGGCGGGCGCCCUGGCGCAGCCGAUGCCUCACGCGGACCCCACGGGCCCUCGGGCGCAGCAGGCGGAGGAGGCACCCCGGAGGCAGCUGAGCGCGGUGCCGAGGGUGGACGACGAGCCCCGAGCACACCUGGGCGCGCUGCUGGCCAGGUACAUCCAGCAGGCUCGGAAAGCUCCUUCUGGCCGAAUGUCUGUGAUCAAGAACCUGCAGAGCCUUGACCCCAGCCACAGGAUAAGUGACCGGGACUACAUGGGCUGGAUGGAUUUUGGCCGGCGCAGCGCUGAGGAGUUUGAAUACACCUCCUAGAAGACCUGGCCUUCAGCAGUGUGAUAGGAAGCAACCUCCUGACUCAAAGGAGGCAGAAUAAGAAAACAAUCACACUCAUAACUCGUCUCUGACGUCUGACAUUUAAAGUAUCUAUUUAUUAAGUUUUCAAUGUGAAAAAUCUGUCUGUAUCAUUGUCCAACACAACCUCACACCUUGGCAGAAAUGUACAAAAGGAUGACAAAAUGUUUUCCUUAUCUGUGAUCCCCGGUCUUAAUGUGUUACAAUGCUAUUAAAGUGAUUUUCUUCUGUU